GGGAGGCAAACACAGAAGCCUCCUCCCGCAAAGGGCGAAGAUGGGUAACCCAGAUUUGGUUAAUGCUACUAUCCUUUUACCCUGAAUACCAUGAUUGGUCCAGGGGUGAGCACCAGACCUAAACAAGGCCAAUCGCAGGCCUUCCCUGAUAUUUGGGGUGGGCGGCCGAAUUUGCGGCGGCAUUAGAUAGGAUGGAAUGCCUCUUCCACGUAGUCACCUUUGAACCGAGACCUGAAUAACAAAGUUUGCGGCGCACAGGAGUGGCAGACGAAGUAACAAGUACGAAGGUUCAAAAUUCAAGAAAUACGGAGACUAGAAUGGAAGGCCGUUCCCAGUGCCUAAACUCUUAACCAGGGUAAUUUCUGCUCAACCUUCAGAUAUCAGCCCAAACUUCACUCCCUCCAGAAAGUCCUGCCCGACCUCAAGAGCAGGUCUCCCUUCGCCCCCAGUAGAUGACGGGCCUGUCCUAGGACGUAGGGAUCUGUUUAUCAGGCUCUUGGUGCGCAGGGAAGGGAGUGACGAAAUAAGGGCUACAGGUGGUGGUUUAGGGGGUGUCGCGCGAUCUCUGCCCGGCGGGCGAGAAAAUGAAGCCCACCUCCAGUUUCUCAAGCUCAGAUCAAUGCUUCGGGGAGAGAUAACAGCGCGCAGAGGGGCCAGUCCUAGGACGGAAGUGCAUCCCUGGAGCCGUUCUAGGAAACUCGGAGGACCUAGCUCGUCAGUGAUCCUGGGGCUAACUGGUCAUCGCCCAGCACACACGGCCACUCCAGGGAGCUGGUGUGGCAGGCAGCGGCGAAACGGGGCUUGAGUGAGGGCGAGAACCGGCGCAAAGCAAGGCUGGAAAAAGGCGAGGAGGAGCGGGCGUGCCGACCACCUGUUCCUCCCUGGAGUGCGGCGCGCGCUGAUUGGCUGGAAUGUCGCCCGGGGACCGGAAGUGGCCGAUGCCCGUCGCCCGUGAAACCAAGACAACAGCUGUGGUUCUGCGCCGGCGGGCAGAGCGGCGCGGGGAGCCCGAGCGGAGCGAGCGUGGGGCCGUAGCUGUCUGCGAUUGUCAGAUGGGGACUGAGACCAAGGAGGUAAUUCCCAAGGAAGAAAUUUCUGAAGAAUCUGAGCCACGUGGGGCAAUUUUAGACACAUUUCCAAAGGUGGUUUUCCAGGGUCACAAGUUUGGAGCAGCGUGUGAAGAAGCCACAUUGGAGGGGCCUUCCAGAGCACCCGCAGAAGAGGUUAUGGAGCAGGUGGCUCCUGAGGAGAGGCACUUGGCCUCAGGGUUGAUCAUCUUCAAGAAGUCACCCUCAAGCGAGGAAGACCAGGAGAAUGAUGAGGGCGAGCAAGCGUGCAGCCUCAGCCCAAACCCAGCUCUACCGCAGGGAGACACGGCCGCAGAGGCAGGUGGCACAUUGGCUGCUUCUGGCCAAAACUUCAUGCAGCAUUUAGGACCUAACAAAACGCAUAGAAGUUCUGGGGGAGAAAAGCCUCAUUCGUGUAAAGAAUGUGGGAAAGCUUUUAAUCAGAACUCACAUCUCAUUCAACAUAUGCGAGUUCACAGUGGAGAGAAACCCUUUGAAUGCAAAGAAUGUGGAAAAACAUUCGGAACUAACUCAAGCCUUCGAAGGCAUCUGAGAAUUCACGCUGGAGAGAAACCCUUUGCUUGUAAUGAGUGCGGAAAGGCCUUCAUUCAGAGCUCACACCUCAUCCACCAUCAUAGAAUUCACACUGGAGAGAGACCUUACAAAUGUGAGGAAUGCGGUAAGGCCUUCAGUCAGAAUUCGGCCCUUAUUCUGCAUCAGCGGAUCCACACCGGGGAGAAACCGUAUGAGUGCAACGAAUGUGGGAAGACCUUCAGGGUCAGCUCACAGCUUAUUCAGCAUCAGCGCAUCCACACCGAAGAAAGAUACCAUGAAUGCAACGAGUGCGGCAAAGCCUUCAAGCAUAGCUCAGGCCUCAUUAGACACCAGAAGAUUCACACUGGAGAAAAACCCUAUCUCUGUAAUGAAUGUGGGAAAGGCUUUGGCCAGAGCUCUGAGCUCAUCCGGCAUCAAAGAAUUCAUACAGGAGACAAACCGUACGAAUGCAACGAAUGCGGGAAAACAUUUGGCCAGAACUCAGAGAUUAUUAGGCAUAUUAGAAUUCAUACUGGUGAGAAGCCCUACGUGUGUAAGGAAUGCGGGAAGGCCUUUAGGGGCAACUCCGAACUUCUUAGACACGAGCGAAUUCACACGGGAGAGAAACCCUACGAAUGCUUCGAGUGUGGAAAGGCUUUUAGGCGGACCUCGCACCUUAUUGUCCACCAGCGAAUUCAUACGGGAGAGAAACCUCAUCAGUGCAAUGAAUGUGCCAGAACCUUUUGGGAUAACUCUGAGCUGCUUCUCCACCAGAAAAUUCACAUUGGAGAGAAACCUUAUGAAUGUAAGGCGUGUGAGAAGACAUUCAGCCAGCAUUCCCAGCUGAUCAUACACCAGAGAAUUCACACUGGAGAGAAGCCUUACGAGUGCCAGGAAUGUCAGAAGACCUUUAGCCGGAGCUCUCACCUCCUCCGACAUCAGAGUGUUCACUGUGUGGAAUGACGUGCAGACCAGGAGAGCGGAAGUCAGACUUCUCGUUCUUAAUCUGCAGCCCAGGUUCUUAGAUCCAGUGACUGGACAGAGCCUCCUCUGCCCUUUUACUGAUUUUUAUUCAACCAGUUGGUCGAAAAGGAUGAGGCGCUUUUAUGAACCCUUCAGGACGUUUCCGUGUACUGAGCUAAGUCAUAAGAGCUCUUUCAGGCCUUCAUUCUCCUCUGUCCCUUUUUCCUUCUCUUCCUCCCCCCUCCCCUCGCGGAUCACGUAACAUUCGGGCUCUGUACCAGCCGCCCAGCCCAAACGGUUGCUGUUCAGGAAAAAUGGAGUGUGCUUGUACUACCUCCUAAGAAAGACAGAGUCGACUCCUUGACUGUUAUCCCCUGAAACACUAAAAUCAUGGCCUCGAAGAUACCCCUCGCUCUUGUCCACUAUUUAGCACUGAAAUAAUUUAUUAAGUUUUAUUAGCUGAAAAACCUGCCAGACAUGCCUUUAGGAGAUGGCAGCAUGCAUGAAGAAGCAGGAAGCUGGGGUCAUCUCACAUCUGCUAGGCUUCCCCCUCAUCUGAAGAGGGUGCCUUGAUGAAGGAAACUGACAGGUAAUUUACAGGCUGGUAAGCCAAGGCCUCCAGAAUCCAGAGGGGCUGACUAGCAAGGCUGGGGGAGAAACAAGGGGGCCUGACGACUCUGCCUGGGCAGCAGCAGCCCUUCUGGCUCUCUCCAAGCUAUUCGCCACUUCAGGGCCGCUCAGACUAACUGCUCCCAAGAACACUGCUGCGUUUGCUUUUGGCCCCAGCUCCUGCUGCUGCUGACAGAUCCUGUGUCAGGAAGUAGCAAAGAGGAUUGCGUAGCUCCAUUGUGACCAGGCACCUGCCCACAGUGAUGACUGGCCAGGACCCUGCCAUGACAAAGCACUUAAGCUCUGAUGACGUGGGCACCCCUGCCGGGGGCCCUGGCUAGUAGGCCAGGAUGCGACAGCCUCUUCUCAUUUGGCCCUGGAUCUUGGAAUUCUCUUUCUUUAACCCCUCUCCAUGAGUUUUCUGUGUUCUCCUGUGGUUUUUUUUUUUUCUUUCUUUCUUUAAGGAAACACACUGUCAAAUUUUUACUUGUCACAGUUUCUGAGGCAGUGCAGUGGGUGCUGGGUGGGGAUCGCAUUGGUGGGGAUCCAGUAAGCUUGGGGUCUGGUCUUAUAACUAGAUCUAAUGAGGCCUUCAGCUGCUGGCCCCUAAUGUUCUUAUCUGUAAAAUGAGGGCAGUUGAACUGAACAAUCUUAAGUAUCAACCAGCCCAAAUGAUUCCUUCUUUUUAAAAAAAUUUACGUAUCAGUGUUCUAUUCUUUAAUCUCUUUAUUCUGCUACUACUAAUUACUAGUAUUUAUUGAAUUUUUACCUGUGCCAGUCACAGUGCCAGACUCUUUAUGUUUUACUUUCACAUCCUCUCUAUAAUGUGGGUACUCUCUUUAAAUAAAAAAAAAAAAACUUCAUUGAGCUAUCAUUUAUACGCCCUAAAAUUCGUCUAUUUUAAGUGUUCAGUUGAAUGCUUUUUAGUUAAUUUACAGAGCCACACAGCCAUCAGGGAUGUGGGUAGUCGUCCCCAGUUUGAAAGGCGAGGGGCAGGGGAGGUGUCAAGUAACUUGCCUGCAGUCACACAGCUGGUUGGUGCCCGACCGACAGCAGCGCUCCUGACUGCUGGGCUGUGCUGGGGACAGGCGCGUGUGUUACUGCCUUAUUGGAAAUCCUUUGACGUUUUCUUUCUGUUAUGAAUUACUACCUGAAUUUGAAUAGAAUGGAUUUAAAUCAUGUCCUUCGUCACAAGUAGGUUUAUUCUGUACCCCGAUACUUGUCCCCCCAGGUUCAUGCCUAAGGGCUGUACAAAUGAAACAGUUGAUUACACAGUUUCCAAAUCCUUCUAGGUACCUCCGCCUCUAGUAGUCAGACUUUAGCAGAAGUUCUUUAACUUACCUCUUUCCGUAGAGUGAUUACAAGUUCAGUGUGCUCUCGUUCCUUUGUUCACUGUGCAAGCUCAAGUGGAAUUAUAGCCAAACAUACCUUUCUCACAUGAAACCUGAAUGUCACCUAUCGCCUGCCAAUUCCUGGGUUUGAAUGUUUUAUUUGCAUACUCAUCCCUUGCCAGCCCAUGAUGGAGAACUCAGCUUCCAGCAAGGAUGCUUCCCCUCACACAAGCAUAUCCCUGAGUCAUGUGGACUUUCCUGAAGAUGCUGGUGUAUAACAGGUGGAGAAGGGGGUUCAUAUCCUAGCAGGCAUUUUGUUCUCAGAAGUCCCUUCUUGGCCAGACAGCCACUGAAGAGUUGUCUCUUUGUCUUCCCUUCUCAGGGCUGUCACCUUGGCUCUUUUUUUUUUUUUUUUUUUUUUUCCAGAUACUCAGUCUACCCUCCUCCACCCCCCAGCUCCAUUACCUACUGAAACCCACUGCUCAGCAAAAGAAAAGGCCUUUGAGUUAACAAACCACUCAUUGGAACACUAGAAGGUAAUUUAGUGAUCAGCUUUUGUUGUGCCUGAUCAUAUUCUUAGGGGAGGGAAGUCUCACCUCACAUUCUAAGAACAAUCUUCCACCCUACACGAGUGCUUUCUCAAGAGGAGUUCUGAUGAGUGAAGUUACCCUCCACCUUGUCACAUACACAACACACACAUCCUGUAACCUCCUUCCCUGCCCUUGCCCACCUCACCCGCUAUCUCAGGAAGAUGACUUUUCCUUGUUUGCUCCUCCCCCUAAGUUUACUUGGGAGCCAGAAUCAAACCAUUUUAUAGUUAUGACUGGUAGUCAUAAUUUCGUACAAGUGGAAUUCUAUCAAGGAGAGAAAAGAGGCGAGUUUUCUUAAUUUUAGACCUGGUAAAAAUACCAGGCCUCAUAAUCUCCAAGACCUAGCAAGAUACCCAGCAAUACUCUUCAGAAUUUUUGCAGCUAUGUUCAUGUACAUUUUCAUCCUCCCUAGUUAAACGGUUUUAUUGGUGUACUAACACUUCAGGUAAAUAAAUAAAGAUUUCUUUGUAAUUUUA